UUACCCUAAAGAGUUGAUUAUCUCUCUCUCCCUCCCCGUCUUCACAUCACUGUGCGCUUCUCUCUAUUCUAUCCUUUCAAAAAUCUCCAAUUUUUUUCGAAAUUUCACUCGCCCUCUUCUCCGUAAAGAGUUGUCAAUCGCCGUCGCUUUGGUCUCGGAAUCGGGGGAGUCUUCUGAAUAACUUUUUUGUUUUCAGAUCAAAUGGUGAAUCGAUUCAGUAGGAUUGAAUAGCAAAUGGCUUCUGCUUCUUCCAUGUCCGUGUCUGUGGAAUGUGUGAACGUAUGCAAUCUAACGAAAGGAGACGGGAAUGUAAGAAGUGAUUGCAAUGCUCUCUCCUGUGCUUCGAAAGCUCCUAGAGCGUUAACUGGGUUUCUAGCUAGCACUGCUCAUCCGCCUGUGUGUUCUUUGUAUCUACGUGGCAGAAGUGGAAGAAAGAGUAGCGUAAAAUCUAGUUAUGAGUAUGAAGUAGGUUUCUCUGAGGUUCCCCACUUCGUAAAUCUGAGGAAAAUCUUGAGUUCUAGAUCUUCUCGCGGUGGUCAUAAAAGAUGUGAACUGUUCUGCUUAUCAUCUGAAUCUUCUGGUGCUUCCGGCGAUGUUACUGUCGAAACAUUAUGGGAGGACCUUUUCCCAGCAAUAUCUUACUUAUCCUGUAAAGAAUUAGAGUUUGUUCAAAAGGGCCUCAAGUUAGCUUUUGAGGCACAUGAUGGUCAAAAGAGACGUAGUGGGGAACCAUUCAUUAUACAUCCAGUUGCAGUUGCUCGUAUCCUUGGGGAACUUGAAUUGGAUUGGGAGUCUAUCGUAGCUGGAUUACUUCAUGACACGGUCGAGGAUACAAAUUUUAUUACUUUCGAAAAGAUAGAAGCAGAGUUUGGUGCAACUGUACGUCACAUAGUCGAGGGGGAGACUAAGGUGUCCAAACUGGGAAAGUUGAAGUGUAAAACCGAAAGUGAAUCAAUACAAGAUGUUAAAGCAGAUGAUUUGCGGCAGAUGUUUCUAGCUAUGACGGACGAGGUUCGCGUCAUUAUUGUCAAGCUAGCUGACCGGUUGCAUAAUAUGCGAACUCUCUGCCACAUGCCUCCCCAUAAGCAGUCCAGCAUUGCAGCCGAGACUUUGCAGGUAUUUGCUCCUUUAGCGAAAUUGCUUGGGAUGUAUUCAAUAAAGUCUGAACUGGAAAACCUGUCUUUCAUGUACGUAAGUGCCGAGGAUUAUGAGAAAGUCACAAGCAGGAUCGCUAACCUCUACAAAGAGCAUGAGAAAGAACUCACUGAGGCAAACAGAAUUUUGGUGAAAAAGAUCGAAGAUGAUCAGUUUUUGGACCUUGUUACUGUGAAUACUGAUGUUCGAUCUGUCUGCAAGGAAACUUACAGCAUAUACAAAGCUGCACUCAAAUCAAAAGGAUCAAUUGAUGAUUACAACCAGAUUGCUCAGCAGUUACGGAUUGUUGUAAAGCCAAAACCUUCUGCGGGAGUCGGGCCUCUGUGCAGUCCACAACAGAUAUGCUAUCAUGUUCUUGGGCUAGUUCAUGAGAUCUGGAAACCUAUUCCUCGAACUAUGAAAGAUUACAUUGCGACACCGAAGCCUAAUGGCUACCAGAGCCUCCAUACUACUGUGAUUCCGUUCUUGUAUGAGAGUAUGUUUCGGCUGGAGAUUCAGAUCAGAACGGAGGAGAUGGACUUGAUAGCUGAAAGGGGUAUAGCUGUUUACUACAAUGGCAGGGCUCUUUCUGCUGAAUUAGCUGGAAAUCCGGUUCCUUUAAGUAAAACGUCAAGGGGGAAGACAGGUUGCCUCAGCAAUACAGAUUUUGCACUCAGGAUCGGGUGGCUAAAUGCAAUUAGGGAAUGGCAAGAGGAGUUUGUGGGUAACAUGAGCUCUAGAGAAUUUGUGGAUACUAUUACGCGGGAUCUCUUAGGUAGUCGUGUGUUUGUAUUCACACCUAAAGGAGAGAUAAAGAACCUUCCUAAAGGGGCCACCGUUGUAGACUACGCUUAUCUGAUUCACACGGAAAUCGGAAACAAGAUGGUAGCAGCAAAGGUGAAUGGUAAUCUUGUUUCUCCAACGCACGUUCUUGAGAAUGCCGAGGUCGUGGAGAUACUCACCUACAACGCCCUCUCAAGCAAAUCUGCUUUCCAGAGACAUAAACAGUGGUUGCAGCAUGCCAAAACAAGGAGUGCAAGACACAAGAUUAUGAGAUUCCUAAGGGAACAAGCUGCGCAAUGUGCUGCAGAAAUAACCCAGGAUCGAGUGAAUGACUUUGUGGCGGACUCUGACAGUGACGUGGAAGAUCUCACAGAAGAUUCAAGAAAGAGCCUACAGUGGUGGGAGAAAAUUCUCGUUAAUGUUAAGCAGUUCCAGUCACAAGACAAAAGCAGAAACGCAACACCCGCUUCUCAAAACGGAAGCGUUUGGGUCCCAAAAGUGAAUGGGAAACACAACAAAGCCAUCAAGAACUCAAGUUUGGAGAAUACAGAGUUUUUCUCACCUGGAGAUGGAAUUGCCAAGAUUUUUCCUGCUAACAUCCCUGCUUACAAAGAAGUGUUGCCCGGUUUAGAGAGUUGGCGAGCCAGUAAAAUCGACUCGUGGCAUCAUCUGGAAGGUCACUCCAUCGAGUGGUUAUGUGUUGUAUCCAUGGCUCGUAAAGGCAUAAUCGCAGAGGUUACAACAGUCCUUGCAGCUGAAGGCAUCACAGUAUGUUCUUGCGUGGCCGAGAUUGACAGAGGAAGAGGAUUAGCAGUAAUGUUGUUUCAAAUAGAAGCGAACACUGAAAGUUUGGUUAGCGUUUGCGCAAAGGUGGAUCUGAUCUCGGGUGUGUUGGGGUGGUCCAGUGGUUGCAGCUGGCCAAGAUCAGCAGAUAAUGCUCAAGUUCUUGAGUGUUAAAGCCAAAGGAGUCGUGUUCUUGGCCAUGAAGUUUUGUCAUGUUCUCUGCAAACUUGAUAAGAGAAAGGUUCUGGUUGCUCGAAGUAGAGGUAGAGAACUCUGAUAAUAUUCUUGAAACAUAUCAUUUUGUUCUGCAAAGAAAAAACCUUAAAAGAGAGUCAAAUUCUUUUAGAUGUUUUGUGUUCAAUAAAUCUAGGUCAUUGUAUAUAGAGGCCAGAGUGGGAUGAACAUACAAAUGUAAUAUGUAGAUACUCCUGUAAAACCUUAUACUUGCACAUAGAGAAACAUGAAGAAUGUAUUUCCGUAAACGGUUUAUAAAGA